GAGCUAGGUGGCCUCCAGAAUUCAUCAGUGCCCAGGCACCAAAUGUAUUUAAACAUGUUUGUCUCUCACCCCUCAGUACUGUGCUUGCUUUCGUUCUCAGUCCAUCCCGAUCCCUUUUAAACUCCCCCUUCAGUCUGUGAUGAUGCUCUGAUGCACUUGUGUUUCACUGCAGUCUCUUCUCCCCACCACUCUACCGCAUUGCUCUGUCAGAGAGGGGAGGGUGUGUGUGAGUUUGGAGUGUAUUCACUGCGCAGGCAAAUUUGGAGUCUGCCACCCCUUGUAGGUGCACAGAGGAGCUUGGGCCAGAGACAGCAGUCUGCUGCUCGAGGUUACGGCUGCAGCAGUGCACUGUGUGAGGGUCCCCGCCCUCGGUGACGAUUCAGCAUGGGGAAGGAGAAGAUCCACAUCAACAUCGUGGUCAUCGGCCACGUGGACUCGGGCAAGUCCACCACCACCGGCCACCUCAUUUACAAGUGUGGAGGCAUCGACAAGCGCACCAUCGAGAAAUUUGAGAAGGAGGCAGCUGAGAUGGGGAAGGGAUCCUUCAAGUACGCCUGGGUCCUGGACAAACUGAAGGCAGAGAGGGAGAGGGGAAUCACCAUCGAUAUCUCUCUCUGGAAGUUUGAGACCAACAAAUACUACAUCACCAUCAUCGAUGCCCCUGGACACAGAGAUUUCAUCAAGAAUAUGAUCACUGGAACCUCACAGGCUGACUGUGCAGUGCUGAUUGUGGCAGCAGGGGUGGGUGAGUUCGAGGCGGGCAUCUCUAAGAACGGUCAGACCCGUGAGCACGCCCUGCUGGCCUACACGCUGGGCGUCAAGCAGCUGAUCGUGGCGGUCAACAAGAUGGACUCCACCGAGCCGCCCUACAGCGAGAAACGCUACGAGGAGAUCGUCAAGGAGGUCAGCGCCUACAUCAAGAAGAUUGGCUACAGCCCCACAGGAGUGCCCUUCGUGCCCAUCUCUGGUUGGCAUGGGGACAACAUGCUGGAACCUUCCUCCAAUAUGCCAUGGUUCAAAGCCUGGAAGCUGGCCAGGAAAGAGCACCAUGCCAGCGGGACGACACUGCUGGAGGCCCUGGAUACCAUCAUGCCCCCCUCUCGCCCCACAGACAAACCUCUGCGUCUCCCCCUGCAGGAUGUUUACAAGAUAGGGGGGAUUGGCACUGUGCCAGUGGGCCGGGUGGAGACUGGGAUUCUGAAGCCAGGCAUGGUGGUGACCUUUGCCCCAGUGAACAUCACCACUGAGGUGAAGUCGGUGGAGAUGCACCAUGAGACUCUGAACGAAGCUCUGCCCGGCGACAACGUGGGCUUCAACGUGAAGAACGUGUCUGUGAAGGACAUUCGCCGCGGCAAUGUUUGUGGGGACAGCAAGGUCGACCCCCCUCAGGAAGCUGGAGGCUUCACUGCCCAGGUAAUCAUCCUGAACCACCCUGGCCAGAUCAGCGCUGGCUACUCUCCCGUCAUCGACUGCCACACGGCUCACAUUGCAUGCAAGUUUGCUGAGCUCAAAGAGAAGAUCGACCGGCGCUCAGGCAAGAAGCUGGAGGACAACCCCAAGACCCUCAAGUCUGGGGACGCCGCCAUCGUGGAGAUGCAACCAGGCAAGCCCAUGUGUGUGGAGAGCUUCUCCCAGUACCCGCCUCUGGGGCGCUUCGCUGUCAGAGAUAUGCGGCAGACGGUGGCCGUGGGCGUCAUCAAGAGCGUGGAGAAGAAGGUCGGUGGAUCGGCCAGGGUGACCAAGUCUGCCCAGAAAGUUCAGAAAACCACCAAAUGAGCAGCUGAAACGAGCACACCACCAAGGCAACAAGCAGUCGUGCCACCAUGCUAACCGUUAGCCUAGCCACAGCCCCCUAGCUCUGCCUCCACCACCCUCCCCACUGGGUGUAUCCUGACCCCCCCGCUUGUGUGCUUGCAACACCCGAUGGGUGGAUGGGUCUUAACCAGACAGAGAGCAUGCCCAAUAUUUGAUCUGAGCUGCUUGCGAGUUUCCAUUGUUUCACUGGUCCUGCCACUCCGCUUUGCCCCCCUCCCUAGCUAAAACCAUUAGGCUACGUGAGAGGUUUUGCCACUGAGGUUGAAAUAACAUCUGAAGUAUCAAAUGAAUGAGGUGAAAGCGAUGAGGAGACAAGACAAAUGUGUGCAGCUGUACAGUAUGGGCAUCGUGAGGCAGAGUUUUCAAGAGGGUUCUGGAUCUUUCUAAGGAAGAAACAAAUAAUGCCAUUAUCAUAACUGCUUGUGUAAACAGAAUCAAGUGCAGUUAUGAGUGUUGGAAUCCAGGAGCAGCAUCGCUGCCCUCAGUGAAGCCAUGACCGCUGCAUUCAAAGAGGAAACGAAAGAAAACUUGUACUUUAUAACUUUUUGUUCAAGAUUCAUUGAAAAUUGUUGACCAAUUAGAAUUUUUUUUCGAGGCAUUUGUCCUGUUUUCACUGUUCUGUGUGGCUAUGUGAACCAUAGUCAUGUUUGAGUUUGCGUGUAAAUGUUUUAUAUGUGCUACCAAAAUAGAUUGUUUCUGGGUCGGGUCCAGCAGCUCACUGCAGAUCAAGUAAACUAAGAUCCCAUUUUACCUCACAAAUCAGAUAGCAAAGACACAUCUAAGAAAUGACACCAUCAUCCUCAGUAAAGAAGUUAACACAAUCCUUCAUCAACAACAGGUAAUAGUUUUUGAGCUCUGCAGAGAUGCGGUGUAUAUAGAGUUACAGUAGAUGGUAUGAUCUAAUCCUCCGUGUUCUUUCAUCAUAACUGAAUGAGUGGAAACAAGGACUGUCUGUCAUCAAAGAAACCAAGAGGGGAGGGGGGAGGGGCGGGGGGCUGUGCUGUUAUAUCACACUGUGAUGCCAAAACUAAAAAUACUGAAAAAAAAAGAAGCUGCACCAAAUUACGUUCGCUAGUGUUCCUCUCUGUGUGUAAUCGCCAUUCCACAUGCAGUACAGAUGACAUAUUGAUUACAUGUGCCGCCUUAUAGUUAUUUACUGUUUAUUCAUGUGUGUUUAUUUAUAUUUGUUUAUUGAUGGACCAGUCAGUCCCCAGCAGGGUUUGUUUUGUUUGGUGUAUAUCUGUUCCUCCUUAUUAGCCUUGUAGCCAUGGGUUUGUUACCUUCAGAAUGAGAAAGUGCGAUGAUUAAAACAGUAUGUUGCACACACAGUA